UCCCUGGGUUGGGAAGAUCCCCUGGAGAAAUAAAGGCUACUCAGUCUAGUAUUCUGACCUGGAGAAUUCCCUGGACUGUGUUAGCCCAAGAGGUCACAAAGAGUCAGACGCGACUGAGCAGCUUUCCCUUUCCCUGACAAGCAGUGACGCUGAGCAUCCUUUCACAGGCUUAUUGGGUGUUUGUCCACCUUUAGAGAAAUGCAAGCCCUUUCCCAUUCUUUCUUAAUUUUUUUAUUUUUAAUUUUUUCAUCUUUUAAAUUAUUAAAGUAUAAUAAUACAUUUACAGGAGACUUUGAAAAUACAGAACAAAGUUACAUAUAGUUCCACUGUAUAUUACAAUUUUUUAAGUAGAUAAACUAUGAUUUUCAGUCAGAGUUUCAAUAUCAAACUCUCAAAAAUUAAUAGAAUAAAUAGACAGAAAAGUAGAGGGAUAUAAUACAGCUGACAAGCACUAUGAACCAGUUCAACACAAUUAAGACUUAUACAAUUUUCACACAACAGCAGGGUACAAAUUCUAUUCAAGUUCCCAUAGACUAUAAACCUUUGUCCAUUUUUCAGUCUGGCUAUUUUUUUGUUGUUGAGUUUUAGGAGUUCUCUAUGUAGUCUAGAUACUAAUCUUUCAUCAGAUACAUGAUUUGCAAAUAUGUUCUUCCAUUCUGGGGUUUCCUUUUUACUCUGUGGAUAGUGUGAUUUGAUGCACAAAAUUCUAAAAAAUGUUCAUGAGGGUCCAAUUUGUCUACUUUUCCUUCUGUUACCUGAUAGCCGAGAAAUCACUUUUAGGUCCAACAUUGUGAAGCUUUGUGUCCUGUAUUUUCUUCUAAAGGUUGUAUUGUUUCAGAUCUUACGUUUAGGUCCUUCCUUCGUUUUGAGUUGAUCUUUGCAUAUGGUGUGAGGUGAGGUCCAGCUUCAUCCUCUCCCACGUGGAUACUCGGUUUUUCCCGGCACCGCUUGUUGGAAAGACUGUCCUCUCUCCCAUGGAUGGUGCUGGCACCCUUGUCAAAAGUGGUUUGAACAUGUGUUCGAGCUCUCUGUCCUGUUUCUGGGCUCUCUGUUCUAUUCCAUUGUUGUAUGUGUCUCUCUUUAAUGCACAUGCUUAUUUUUAAAAACAGAAGCAUGAUCAUACUGUAUACACUUUUCACAGCCGGCUUUUAACACACUUAGCAGCGUGUUGUUUCAGUGCAGAGCCUCAAGCCGUGCUGCGUGGCGCCGCCGCAUCGUGGCCCAUGUCCAUCCGUGAUUCAUGUAAAUCACCUGUCGUUGGACUUUCAGGAAGAUCCGCUGGAGGAGGAAAUGGCACCCACUCCAGUAUUCUUGCCUAGAGAAUUCCAUGGACAGAGGAGGCUGGCGGGCUACAGUCCACAGGGUCACAAAGAGUCAGAUACAACUCAGCGACUGGGCACAGACAUUCAGGAGGCUUCCGUUGAGGUUUCUCUGGUGUGUUACGGGCAACGUUGUCAUAAUCAUCCCUAAUUGUGUUCUAUUUAAAGUGCCUGGCACCAGCUAAGUUCUGUGAAAGUAUUUGUUAAAUAAAAUCUGUACAAGCACCAUUAUCAUUUCCUCAGGAUGUAUUCUUCGAAGUCCCAUUUCCCAGUUAAAGCACGUGUGGUCUGCCUCCCACCUGGAUGGACGCUGCCCUGAGCUGGGCCUGAGCAGACCCCACAGAGUGGGCGAUCCUGUGUCCAGACCCCGUGUGCCCCUCAGCAGGCGUGGGGUCUGGAUCUUGGCCCCCAGGGCCGCCCUCCUCUCUCCACGCCCACCUUGGAUCAUGGCCCCAGCACUUGCCAGCGGGGUGACCUGGGCAAAUUACCUGAGUUCUUGGUGCCUUGGUUUCCCACCUGGACUCCAGAGUGGCUGCAGGGUCUUUCCUGCAGGGCAGGGUGUGAGGCCCCCGGCAGCCCAGUCCUGUCUCCUUGAUCAGUCAGAGCAGCUGGACUCCGAGUGCCCUGAAGCUCGGACAGCCCUGAGGCCCUGCCUGUCCUAGAGCACCACCUUGCUUCCGUCGGGUUCCUGACGGAACGCGGCCAGGCUGAGAGAGGGCAAGCCCGCGUGCUCAUCUGUUGCACGGGUGGACCUGGCUGCAUUGGACUCAUCUGUGUUUUCAUUCUGCAGAGCUUAACGGAUCCUAAUCCCUCCUAUCACCUCACCAUGAGCACCCUCAAGCUGGAAGUUCAUUCAUAUAGUGUUGUUAUUGUUUGGUUGCUAAGUUGUGUCCAACUCUCGUGACCCCACGGACUGCAGUCUUCCAGGCUCCUCUGUCUGUGGGAUUUCCCCGGCAAGAAUACUGGAGUGGGUGCCAUUUCCUUCUCCAUUCAUGUUACUGACCUUCCAGCUGCAUGGAAUCUAGGGGGGUUUCUCUAAAGGUAAGGGGGCGGGCGCUGUCCCGGAGCGCUGGACGCGGAGGGGAGCACUGUGGCAGGAGCUGUCCAGUGUCACCGUCUGUUCCCGGGAGGAUGUGGCCAGACCUGCCGAGUCUAGGGUUCCGGCUGCGUGAACACAGAGAAGCCGCCGGCGGGGAGGCCAGGCAGCGCUUGCCCACCGCCUCCUCCCCGCAGCCUCUGAAUGGAGCGCCGUUUGCCUGUAGCACCUCCGAGCUGCUCCGGAGAGCUCGCGAUCCUGCUUGGAAACGACAGGAGCUGGUCCCUCCCCCUGGAUGUAGUCAGCGUGGUAAAUUCCAUCUGAAAAGAGGAGCCGCGUUUUGCUGAGUCACAGAACCCGGGGAGCUGAUUGCACAGGCGGCAGAGAGCGUCCCGGGGUCAGAGGAAGGCGGAGGAGAGGCCGCAGACCGGAGGGGCUCGGGUGUGAGUGAGAAGAUGUAGAGGAGCCACAGGCAGGCGAUCGGCCCAGACGCGCGGCUGCCCCUCGGGCCACCCUCACCAUGUCCAAGAAGGGCGCAGGCGGCCGGAGCAAGGGGGACAAGGCGGAGGUCCUCGCCGCCCUGCAGGCUGCCAACGAGGACCUGCGGGCCAAGCUCACUGAGAUCCAGAUCGAGCUGCAGCAGGAAAAGAGCAAGGUCGGCCGUGUGGAGAGGGAGAAGAACCAGGAGCUCAGGCAGGCGCGGGAGCACGAACAGCACAAGAGCGCCGUUCUGCUCACCGAGCUCAGGACCAAGCUGCACGAGGAGAAGAUGAAGGAGCUGCAGGCGCUGCGGGAGGCGCUGCUGCGGCAACACGAGGCCGAGCUGCUGCGCGUCAUCAGGACCAAGGACAGCGAGAACCAGCGGCUGCAGGCGCUGCUGCACGCCGUGCGCGACGGCGGCCCGGACAGGGCGCGCACCGUGCUGCUGUCCGAGGCCAAGGAGGAGGCCAAGAAGGGCUUCGAGGUGGAGAAGGUGAAGAUGCAGCAGGAGAUCUCGGAGCUGAAGGGCGCCAAGAGGCAGGUGGAGGAGGCGCUGACCCUGGUCAUCCGCGCCGACAAGAUCAAGGCCGCCGAGAUCAGGAGCGUGUACCACCUGCACCAGGAGGAGAUCUCCCGCAUCAAGAAGGAGUGCGAGCGCGAGAUCCGCCGGCUGAUGGAGGAGAUAAAAUUUAAAGACAGAGCAGUCUUCGUGCUGGAGAGAGAGUUAGGGGUUCAAGCCGGGCAUGCCCAGAGACUCCAGCUCCAAAAAGAGGCUCUAGACGAGCAGCUGUCCCAGGUCAAAGAGACCGACCGGCACCCGGGCAGCCCCAGGCGGGAGCUUCCUCACGCAAGCGGUGCAGGAGACGCCUCAGACCACUCGGGAAGCCCUGAACAGCAGUUGGAUGAAAAGGAUGCUCGGCGUUUCCAACUUAAGAUUGCGGAGCUGAGCGCGAUCAUCCGGAAACUCGAGGACCGCAAUGCCCUGCUGUCGGAGGAACGGAACGAGCUGUUAAAGCGUGUAAGGGAAGCUGAAAGUCAGUACAAGCCAUUGCUGGACAAAAACAAACGCCUUACUCGGAAGAACGAAGAUCUGUCCCACAGUUUACGUCGGAUGGAAAACAAGUUAAAAUUUGUCACCCAGGAGAACAUAGAGAUGAGGCAGAGAGCAGGGAUCAUACGGAGACCCAGCUCCCUGAACGACCUGGAUCAGAGUCAGGACGAGCGGGACGUGGACUUCCUGAAGUUGCAGAUUGUCGAGCAGCAGCACCUCAUAGAUGAGCUCUCCAAGACCCUGGAGACCGCUGGCUACGUGAAGAGCGUGUUAGAACGUGAUAAGCUUUUAAGAUAUCGGAAACAAAGAAAGAAAAUGGCGAAACUCCCCAAGAAGCCGGUUGUCGUGGAGACCUUCUUUGGAUAUGAUGAAGAGGCUUCUCUGGAGUCCGACGGUUCUUCCAUCUCUUACCAAACAGACAGGACAGACCAAACCCCGUGCACCCCAGACGACGACCUGGAGGAGGGCAUGGCCAAGGAGGAGACAGAGCUGCGGUUCCGCCAGCUGACCAUGGAGUACCAGGCCCUGCAGAGGGCCUACGCGUUGCUGCAGGAGCAGGUCGGAGGGACGCUGGACGCAGAGCGAGAAGUUAAGACCCGUGAGCAGCUGCAGGCGGAUGCGCAGCGGGCGCAGGCGCGCAUCGAGGACCUGCAGAAGGCCCUGGCGGAGCAGGGGCAGGAUAUGAAGUGGAUUGAAGAGAAGCAAGCGCUGUUUCGGAGAAAUCAGGAGCUUGUGGAAAAGAUUAAACAAAUGGAGACAGAAGAGGCUCGGUUAAAACAUGAAGUCCAGGAUGCGAAGGACCAAAACGAGCUGCUGGAGUUCCGGAUCCUGGAGCUGGAGGAGAGGGAGAGGAAGUCGCCCGCCAUCACCUUCCACCACACGCCCUUCGUGGACGGGAAGAGCCCCCUGCAGGCGUACUGCGAGGCGGAAGGCGUGACGGACAUCCUGGUCUCGGAGCUGAUGAAGAAGCUGGACCUGCUGGGGGACAACGCCGUAAGUAAUCUGACCAAUGAGGAGCAAGUGGUCGUCAUACAAGCCAGGACAGUCCUGACCUUGGCCGAGAAGUGGCUCCAGCAGAUAGAGGAGACGGAGUCGGCCCUGCAGCGGAAGAUGGUGGACCUAGAGAGCGAGAAGGAGCUGUUCAGUAAGCAGAAGGGCUACCUGGAUGAGGAGCUCGACUACCGGAAGCAGUGCUUGGACCAGGCUCACAAGCGCAUCUUGGAGCUGGAAGCAAUGCUGUACGAUGCCCUGCAGCAGGAGGCCGGGGCCAAAGUGGCCGAGCUGCUAUCGGAGGAGGAGCGCGAGAAGCUCGGGGUGGCGGUAGAGCAGUGGAAGCGCCAGGUCAUGAGCGAGCUGCGCGAGCGGGACGCCCAGAUCCUGCGGGAGCGCAUGGAGCUCUUGCAACUGGCGCAACAGAGAAUUAAAGAAUUAGAAGAAAGAAUAGAAGCCCAGAAGAGACAAAUAAAGGAACUGGAGGAAAAGUUUCUAUUUUUGUUCUUGUUUUUCUCCUUAGCUUUCAUUCUGUGGUCAUAGCUCGCCUGGGCACUCUGGCGUGCCCCCCUUUCCUCCAGCUUUACCGGAGAGCGGCGGGUGCCCGUCCCUGAAGACUCGGGGGGAGCCGGCCUCUGCAGACCCCCUGCUGUCGAGGAGGAGGGAGAGAGGGGGUCUCUGAGCACCUCCGAGGGGACUGUUCACUUUGAUGAGCCGGAAUUAGAACUCGUUUUCCGACCGGGCUUCUCUGAAGAGGCCUGGUCUUGGCUGCGGACCCCAGGUCCUUGCUUGGGACACAGCCCCCGGCCCCACUUACGGGGACACGCGGGGCCCCUGCUGGCGGGCGCCCAGGCCACUUCGGUGCAGGAGCCCCGGCCCCUGCCUCCCCUGGUUCCCUCAGUGACCGCAACAGGAGUCGGAAGAGAGGGCGGACUCCCAGAAACAACGCAGGCGGCCCGCAGCACGCCGCGGCGGGGCUGCUGCCACGACGGGGACCUCGUCCAGGGCACCUGGGCGGCUCAUGGAGCAUCUCCAGUGUGGUUCCCCGGGUCUCCCGGGCCAGCUGUGAAGACACUGCAACUCGCUCGCCGGGGUCCUGGGCACUUGCCAACCGACGCACGCGGCCACCCUGCUGUGUUAAACGCUGUUGCCAGUGGGAAUAGAACCGUGGAUGCCACGGUGCCACUGGACCCCGCCCUGAGCUGCGCCGAGGGACUGGUCAGAGCGAGAACUGAGGAGCUGAUGGAGGGAGCUGGGACGAGAAGGGCGGGGUGGCUGGACAGGGCAGGGCCUCACUGGAGAUGCAGGGGCCAGAGGCUGUCUCGGGCGGCACAGACCCGGGCACCGCAGAGACAGGCCCAGUGCAGCCGAAGCCACCCGGUCCAGAGCUGCAGCCUUCAUGCUCCAGGGGCAGUGCCCGGCAAGGACCACAGUGCCCAUAGGUCUGCGGUUGAGAAGGGGGCCCGACGCCCAGCUGGCAGCAGAGGAGAAGCAGCACGUCGAUGAAGCCAGUUUAAAGCGUGAGUUCCACUCUUUGUGAGCGUCAUGGUCCACAGACUGGGAGAGCCUUCCUGCGCUUGGACACAGCCCGACUUGUGGCUUGGAGGUGGUCCUUCUAUUGACCUCGCAGCCUUGAGAUCUAAGAUGGUGCUGUCAGUAAUGCAGUGUGUGUGUGUGUGUGUGCAUGAGUCUAUAUGCACACACACGUGCUCUGUCAGAAGAGGACGCACAGGGUUGAGCUCUUUUGAGGCGCUUGUAGAUUGACGUACCAGGUGAUGAGCCGGGCAGCCAGGUGAGACCGUAAGACAACACUGUAUAAGAGAAACACAAGCCGCAUUGCCUGGAGCGGAGGGAGGUCCGCCUGUGUGUCUGCAAGGGUUAGGGUCACUUUAUAUUUGUGUCGGAGGAAACGUUCAACUCGGGUAUGGACGACAGAGGCAGCGAGACCAGGCUUGAUUUGCUAGGAUGAAUCGAGAGAAAGAUUAUAGGAUCAGACAGACAUGCUUUUCUCUGGCGGGUGCAGGUUUUCCGCUGGGCAAUGCACGAGCAAUCAACACUUGUCCAAGAAGGAUGCAUCCUUUCUGUUAUCAUUAAAGCCACAGUUACUUAUUCACUUGGGCAAGAAAUGGGGCCACUUCACUGCUUUUGCAUCUGAGCUUGAUGUCAGGGUUUGUAUCUCAAGUCCAAAGUCUGGUUUAACCCUCCCUGCAUUCUUCUGUCUUGUUCUAAUGACUGCAUCGUCUUGGCGCAUUUGUUGUAGUCAGAAUCAAAAGGCAAACAGUAGACUUGAGUGAAUAAAAGCCACCGUGGAGCUGUGGAGGAACUCCCAGAGUGAAGUGUGGUGGAGUGUACGAUGCAGGCAUUGAGAAACGCUCCCAAGUUCCACUCCCUGAGGGCCUGCCCAGCCCCGUGUGUACCUGCCCAGGAACAGCAGUUAUGGAGGCUGGCCAUUUGGGAUCCCAAAGUGUGCAUUUGAAACCCAAAUUCACACCCCUCGUGUUUAUUUGGGUCAUCAUGAUUUUCAUGUCGUACAUAUGUCUGGAGCACUUCACAUGCCCACACAUCCCAGACUCUCAAUCACAGCUUUGUAGUUUUUGAAAGGAGGCAAACUCUACAGGAAAGAGAAGCAUGUAAAUAUGUACCAAUGCUUAUGAAGUCAUUAUUAUCUGUAUGUAAAAAGGAUGUGCAUUGGAAAGGGAAAAUGGCUCAAUGAAUGUUUUAAGUAAUCCAUGUACCAAACUGCAUUUUGAAACUGCAUGUUCCCCAAAGCACACAUUGAGUUGAAAUGCCAAGUCUUCUCUUCAGAUACCAUUGUUUUUGUUCAUGUAUCAUAGGCACCUUCUGUUCAUCUGCCUACAAAAUCCAGCAUUUUAGGGUUGGGCUUUUGAAAAAAAAAGAGAGAGAGAAAAGAAAGAUAAAAAUAUGGGUAUUUGUCACUAAUUCCUGCCAAUCCACUGAGCACCUGAAGAAGUCAAGUAUUUUAAAAUAAUAUGCAUUUUCUAAAUACUAGAAUGUACCUUUUAUUCAAAACCAGUGGACUGGAUUGAAUCGAAUGUUGGGCUCACUAUUUAGCUCUUCAGAUAGAGGAAGUGGCACAAAGAGGCUGAAACACAGACAUGUUUGCUGUGUCACUGAGAUGUGUGCAGCCUAAGACUUGUCACCAUACGCAGCACGCACAGCAUCCAGGAACACACACACGUGUUUUCAUUUGUCCAAGCCAGAAUUCACGUGCACAAUAUCCAGAAAAACAUACGUAUUUUCAUUUGUCCAAGCCAGAAUUCAUGUGCACAAUAUCCAGAAAACACAUGUGCUUUCGUUUGUGCAAACCAGAAUCCAUGUAAACUGCAGCUUCCUUGUUGACACGGUGUGUGUACCUCGUUCCCGUGGUCUCAAGCUCCAGUUGCUGAAGGACCGUGGCUUUUCCCUAAAGUGCUCAGCCCUCGAGGAACCUGUAGCCUUCAGGACACCCUGAGUGCCUUACGCGGCUGUGAACACCAGUGCCGGCAGUCAGGAAGGAGGGCGUGCUGGGAGUGGGUUUGGAGGUGUUGGACGUUAAUCUACACUGACCAUCACUGCAUCAUUGACCUUAAGAUGGACUGUAUGUUUUAGCACAGUGAUGGAUUUACGUUUAGGCUCAGGAAAAUCAAGCUGUACAUAUAGGUAUCAAAUCAUAUAUUUGUUUACUGUGUAUUUUUUAAAAGCUUUAUUGUAAAUUUAUGCAAACACGAGUGAGGACUUGUUUUCUCAUGGCAAUGUGCCAAACAGUGUUUGUGCUCCCUGAAGCAGUUCCUUAAUAACCACACUCUAAACACGUGAUGCUCUGUUCAGUGCUAAACAGUAUUCAGAGCCCUAAAAUAGGUUUGUAUGGUGAUCAACUACAGAAUUUUACACAUAUUUUUGUAUUGUGAUUCCUAUGAUAUAUACCAGAGAAUUUUUACUCAUUUGUAAAUUAUUGUACAGUUUUUAAUAAAGAUUGUUUUAAAUCUUAGAAUA